AUGGAUCGACUAAAAAAAUAUAUACAUCGAAAAUCGGUCGAGCGCAAGGGGUACCGUCUCUUGCCACCAGCUCCGCCAAGUCCACCACCAUCGAGGGAAAUGGUGAGAUAUUGGGAAUGUCCUGGAGAAAAAACAUCAAAGUCGCCAACGUUUUCAUCAUCAUCAUCAUUGAGGGAAAAAGUGAGAUAUUGGGAAUGUCCUGGUGAAAAAGCAUCAAAGUCGCCAACGUUUUCAUCAUCAUCGUCGUCGUCGUCGUCGCCGUCGUCGUCGCCGUCAUCAUCAUUAAUAUCAACAUUAACAUCAUCAUCAAUAUCAACAUCAACAUCAUCAACAACGCCAUUAAUACCAUCAAAAUAUAAGCCAUAA